UAAAAGUUGUUGUUCUAUUGCUCAAGUUUGUCAUGUCAUUGUCAAUUUGUCAUGUCAUGUCAGUAUAGUGCUGUGAAAUAGUUAUUUUCGAAAACAUUAUGUCAGGGUCUAAAAAAUUGAUACUGCGUGUGCAGUCAUCAGAGGGCACGAGCCGUGUCGAAGUGCAGGAGUCGGACGUGACGGCAAGACUUUUCGAGCGCGUAUAUGAAGCUCUCCAUUUGAAUACGUUUGGAUUCGCAUUACACAAAGAUCGCGCGCACAGAGAGGAGAUUAUCUCCAGCAAAUCUCGUCAGAUCCGCGACUAUGGCUUGCAGCACGGUGAUAUGCUCUACUUGAGCCCAGUCAAUGGAGCUGUACUCUUUGAUCAGCCUUCCACUUCUGAGAUCAAAACAUUAGCACCCGUUGAGACUGGUCCGUCAACAUCGUCAAUAUCGUCAGCACUGCCAAGUGUCCUUAGAAAACAGAAUGUUCCUCAAGAAGACGAAGUGGAUCUGCAGCUCUAUCAACUAUCGGGAAAUAUACAGAGACAGAGAGAUGAAAAAUUAUGUCGUCACAACUCAAAAGGAUGCUGUGUGCAUUGCUCGCCCCUUGAGCCCUGGGAUGAGAAUUAUCUCAAAGAGCAUAAUAUUAAACACAUGUCUUUCCAUUCUUAUUUACGAAAAAUGACAUCGGGGAAGUUCAUUUCACUGGAUGAAUUGUCAUGCAAAAUUAAGCCAGGCUGCAAAGAGCACCCGCCGUGGCCGCGUGGCAUCUGCUCCACGUGCCAGCCGGGCGCGGUGACGCUGAACCGGCAGCCGUACCGGCACGUGGAUAACGUGCUGCUCGAGCACGCGGCGCCCGUCGACCGCUUCCUCGCGUACUGGCGCGCCACGGGCCACCAGCGCAUCGGCCUGCUGUACGGGCAGUACGAGAGGCACCCGGACGUGCCGCUGGGUAUCCGCGCCCGCGUGGCCGCGAUAUACGAGCCGCCGCAGGAGUGCUCCCGCGACCACGUGACCCUCGCACCCGACGAUAAGGAGCAACUGCUCAACGAUAUCGCGGCGAGACUUGGUCUGCGUAGAGUCGGGUGGAUGUUCACCGACCUGAUGCCGCUGGAUCUCGCUGCUGGCACUGUUAAGACUAUCAGGGGGAUGGACACACACUUCCUAUCAGCACAAGAGUGUAUAAUGGCGGGUCACUACCAGAACCAACAUCCUAACGCUUGCCGCCACGCUUCGUCUGGUUACUUUGGAUCUAAGUUCGUCACCGUUUGUGUUACGGGUGACACCCAAAACCAGAUACACUUAGAAGGCUAUCAAGUGUCGGGUCAGUGUGCGGCUCUAGUGCGAGAUGAUAUCCUCAUACCAACGCGAGAUGCACCCGACUUGGGGUAUAUACGAGACUGCACGUCUACGCAGUAUGUGCCAGAUGUUUAUUAUAAGGAGCGUGACGCAUACGGCAACGAGGUGGGCGUGUCAGCCAAGCGGCUGCCGGUCGCGUACCUGCUCGUGGACGUGCCGUGCGGCGUGGCCAACACCACGCAGCCCACCUUCAGCCCGCGCGCAACCUUCCCGCCCGCCAACCGCCCGCUGCAAGCGCACUUGCAGAGCCUCAAGGGCUUGCACGAGCAUAUACAGAGCUCUGCUUCUUUCUUAGAGGCGAUGUCGGAUCUCCACGUGCUGUUAUACCUAGCGACAAACGAAGCGCUACCGCUAACAGUGGAGCAACUAGAGCCGCUGUUACAAGCGGUGCGGGCGAGAGACUCGGGUGCGGCGGAGGCGUGGCGCAGCGAGCCGCACGUGGCGACGCUGCUGCACCUGGCGGGCGCUGCUGGUGAUGCGAGCGAGCCUGCGCACAGCUCGGGCAGCGGCGUGUGGACGUGCCAGCUGUGCACGUUCCACAACGCGGCGCCGCUUGACUCCUGCGAGAUGUGCGCUAUGCCCAGGUAA